GACUCAGCACUUUUUGGGGAGCCGAAGUUUGCUCCAAGCGGGGAAGAUGGACGUUGGAAUGGAGUACCUGCCAGCGACAGACGGAGCCUCGGCCACACGGAGAAUUCUCUGUUGCCAGUGCGGGACGCCGAUAGAGCCCAAUCCGACGAACACGUGCGUGGCUUGCCUGAGGACCUCAGUGGACAUCACCGAGGGGAUCCAGAAACAGGCCACCCUCUAUUUCUGCAAGGGAUGUGAGAGGUACCUCCAGCCCCCAGCCAGCUGGGUGUCCUGUACCCUCGAGUCACGCGAACUACUAGCCGUCUGCCUCAAGAGGCUGAAAGGACUCUCCAAGAUCCACCUGGUCGACGCCGCGACUUGUCUGGAUCGAACAGACGCCGAACCACACUCAAGAGGGCGUUAAGUCAAACUCACUAUCCAAAAAGAGGUGGUGGCAGGGGCUAUUCUCAGCAGGUGUUGUGGUGGAGUAGGUGUCAUCAUCAGAUGUGUCAAGAGUUGUCACCGCAGCAGGCCAGGAUUUCUGGAGGGGCAGCGGUCCAAGUCACGACAAAAGACGAUGUCACAAGAAGACGUUCCUCUAUCUGGAGCAGCUGAUACUGAAGCACAGGGUGCACACAUGUCGGCUAUCAAGUGAAAAGAAACGAGCGACGGUCUCGACUUCUCUUUGCUCAGAAACAAGAGGCAAGGAAACUGGUGACUUCUGCGAGACUGUUGUUCCGUGCGGUGAGUGAGUGUGGAUUCUCUUUCUCCUCGUCCAUCCCCCUCCCCUCACCUCACCUAUUGUGUGUGUGAUGAUGAGUACUAGUGUAGAUGUCUCAAAUACCGUGUUGCGUCUCAGUUACAACUGAAGAACAGACCAGGUCAGAUUACAAUACCCACCACCUGGUCCCCUCAAUUGUGAGUGAGAAUGGAGGAUUCAGUGGGAGUUGCAUGAACACUUUCUCUGGUUGGCAGGGCAACCCAAACAUACUUCCUGUUGAGAUAGGAUGAGAGGAUAUUGGGUAACCCCUCUCGGUGGAGGGAAUGAGAGGAUAUUGGGUUUCCAAUGCCAAGUUGCGUGCAUACCUUCUCUGGUUUGUGCUCUCAGGUAUAAGACGUCCCAGGAGCUCGUGUCACAUGACAUUCACAGCAAUACAUUCCAAUACAAGCACACCUUCAGCGUGGAGCUGGUGCCUGUCUGUAAGAACGAGGUGGUUUGUCUCCCUCUCUCACUGGCUCGCUCUCUAGGUCACAUGACACAGGUGGUCAUAUGUACCAGAGUCACCACCUCACUACACCUCACUGACCCACAGACCCUGCAAGUGGCGGAGUUGUCCAGCAGUGUCUACUGGAGAACUCCGUUCUCUAGUCUCUGUAACCAUCGGCAACUGACCGAGUUCUACGUCCUUCACAUCGAGAAGGCCACCCCCCCUGGUUCUCAUGGCAACAUCUCUGCAAACCACAGCGACAAGUGUGUCCUGAGUGAUGUGUGGGUGGUGCCAGUGAGUGAACUGGGGACUAGUGACAAACAGAUACACUGUCGGUCUCAUCUCGGACAUCUCCUCCAUGAUGGAGACUGCGUGUGGGGGUUUGACUUGUCUCAGGCAAAUCUGAAUGAUGCCAAUCUGGACAAGAUGAACCCUGCAGACAUCCCUGAUGUGGUCCUGGUGAAGAAGAGCUACGGAGACAAGGUCAAGAGGUCGAAACAGAGAAACUGGCAGCUGCAAAUGAUUGACCGGGAGAUGGAUGUUACCGUGGCGACGACCAAUGAGAAGGGGGCAGAGGAGGACUACGAGGAGUUCCUGGAGGACCUGGAGGAAGACACGAUCUACCGCAAGAACGUCAACAUCUUCUUCAAUCCAGGACUCCAGACAGUGGCAGUAGGAGACAGUGAUGUCAGUGAAGAUGUUCCAAGAGUAGGUCUGGAGGAAAUGCUGCAGGAAAUGACCAUUAAUGACAGGAGAGACUAAUUAUAAUACCUAAUUUCCUCGAUUCAGUUGGAAAAUCCAUUUUUGUGAGAGUAUAAUAUACAAGCAAGUCCAUGGAGUGUGAUCUUUAACUGCUUACAUUCAUUCUGCGCAGUGUUUUAUGUAACAACGUUGGAUGUAUAAAACAUAAUCACACACAAACAUCGUAGCUAAAUGAAAAUGUAUAAUGUGAUACAAUAUUUUGUGCAUUUGUCAACAAAGUGAGGUAGCAAGGCAAAGGCAAACAAAUCAACUACACAAAUGUCUCAACUACUUGGUAACGAGGUAGAAAGGGAAGGCAAGGCAAACAAGUCAACUAUAGUGUCAACAACAAGGUCAAAGCAAAGGCAAACGACACAAAUUCUGUGUGAAUGUAAAGUCAGUCC